AUGUCUCUCGAGCCCAUCGUACACCCCGUCUUCGAAAAGGUGACGGCGACGUGGCAGUACAUCGUCGCCUGCCCGGAGACCAAGCGCGCCGCCAUCAUCGACCCCGUCCUCGACUUUGACCCUUCCACACUCACGCUGUCCACCGCCUCUGCCGACUCGCUCCUCCGCAUCGUCCGGGAGCACAACUACGUCGUCGACCUCCUCCUCGAGACGCACGCCCACGCCGACCACCUCACCGCCGCCGGCUACCUCCAGCGGCAGCUGCACCGCACCCAAGGCGGCAGCGCACCACCGGCCACGGCGACCGGCCACCGCAUCCGCGGCGUGCAGGAGCGCUUCGCCGCCGCCUACCACGUGCCGCGCGCGGACCUGGACGCCGCCUUUGAGCGUCUCUUCGCCGACGACGAGCCCUUCCUCAUCGGGCGCCUCCCCGCGGUCGCGCUGCACCUCCCCGGGCACACGCCGGACCACAGCGGGUACCGCGUCGGCGACGCGCACGUGUUCGUCGGAGACUCUCUGUUCCUGCCAGACGUGGGCACCGCGCGGUGCGACUUCCCGGACGGCGACGCGGCGACGCUGUUUGGCUCGGCGGCGGCGCUGCUGGCGCUGCCGCCGACGUGCAGGCUGUACGCGGGCCACGACUACCCGCCGGCCGGGAGCGGGAGGGAGCCGCGGCCGUGGGCGACGGUGGAGGAGCAGCGGGCGAGGAACAAGCAUGUGAAGGAGGGCACGGGGCUGGAGGAGUUUGUGAGGUGGCGCGAGGGGCGUGAUAAGGGGCUGGGGGAGCCGAGGUUGCUGCAUCCGGCGCUGCAGACGAACGUACGGGGUGGGAAGUUGGCGGAGACGAAGACGGGGAGCGGGGUGACGAUGUUGUCGCUGCCGGUGAAGAUGCCGGGGAAUUUUUGA